GAGUUUCAUCAAUCAUAUGUUUUAAAUGUGUCAAUAAGGUUAUGUAAAAUAUUUUGAAAACGCCGAAAAUGUCACUGUUGACGAAAAGGAUCACGUCCGUAAAACACCUAAUACCCAACGUAAACCAAAACCUGUUCGCGUCCAAACUAAAUCGUAUGACAUGCCGUACUUACGCAACGAAGGGCCCCAAUUUCGCCAGGAGUGCGCUAAAAAUCAGCCUGACAGGCGUUACAAUGGGGGCCAUUGUUGGAACUGGUUACACGAUUCAUUUGCAAAACAAGCCCAGAGACCACAUCCUAAAUGAGCACACCACAAUUGAGCCAGUAAAUGAGAUCCCACUGAUAACACCAUCUAGAUCAAUUCAAAUCCCUACUGAUAAUAGUGGUUUAAAGCUGACUUUAUUCCAAUAUCAGACCUGCCCCUUUUGUUGCAAAGUUAGAGCAUUUUUAGACUAUUAUGGAAUAUCAUAUGAUAUUGUUGAAGUAGAUCCAGUUUUGAGACAGUCCAUAAAAUGGUCUACAUACAAAAAGGUGCCCAUUUUAGUGGCAAAAUUACAUGAGGGAUAUCAACCCAUGAAUGACAGCACAAUGAUUAUAUCAGCCAUAUCUUCAUACUUAAAGGAUCAGAAAAAGGAAUUAAUUGAUAUUGUUAAGUGUUUCCCCUUUAUAACUUUUGUUGAUGAGGAUGGUGUCAAAAAGAAUGAGAUUAUGAACAGAUAUUUCCUAAUGCUCAGUGAUCAAAGUCCACAAAAAUAUAAUGAUGAUGAAAUGAGUGAAGAAAGAAAAUGGAGAAAAUGGGCAGAUGAUGUUUUAGUACACAUGCUCUCACCAAACGUCUACAGAACAAAAGAUGAAGCCCUUCAAGCCUUCAAUUGGUUCUCAGAAGUGGGAGAGUGGGAAAAGAACUUCCCAUCCUGGGAAAGAAACCUAAUAAUUUAUGUUGGUGCUGGGGCAAUGUGGCUGAUAGGGAAGAGGCUCAAAAAGCGUCACAAUCUGAAGGAUGAUGUAAGAGAAUCACUCUAUGAUGAAUGUAAUAGGUGGAUAAAGGCAGUGAAUGCCAAGGGUACAAAGUUCAUGGGGGGUAACAAGCCCAACUUGGCUGAUUUGGCUGUUUAUGGUGUGUUGAGCAGCAUUGAGGGUUGCACUGCUUUUAAUGACUUAAGGAAUAAGACUAAAAUUGAUACUUGGUAUCUAUCAAUGAAAGAGGCAGUUCAGAAUCAUGAGGGUGCAAAUUCUAUUUGAGGAGAUUUUUAUAAUUAAUUUAUUCACAGCUUUAUUAUUAUUAUAGUCUUGUUGUUUUUACAUAAUACUUAUGUAUGAAUUUGAAAUAGUAUUAAUAUAUUAAUAAAAGAAUUAAAAUUAUAAUUGAAUAAUUGACAAAAUUUUGCAAUUAAACAAUAUUUUAAUCCUUCCAAUAAAUAUUUUCAGAAGCCAAAUUGGGCUGUUUUAUACUUUUUCUGAUAUACCUCAAUAAAUGUUACUGUUAUUUUUAA